GCUGUCGGAGGAGGGGGAGCGCUCACAUGACUGUGCAGCGGAAGUACUGCGUCAUUCCAAUAUGGCGUCGCGCUGAGCUUGUAGAUCAGAAUCAAACUGUAAGUCUGUCAGCUGCACAUUUCGCUUCGAGACUCUCAAAAAUGUUCACACAAGAGGUGAGGUAAAGAUCCUGAAACGUCUUGACAACUCGGAGGGAGCCCAACAGCGUCCAGAAGAAGAACGUCGAGGACGCUUCAGACGUCGCUUUGCAUUUUCCAGCAGUGAUGUCACGGACAGAUGUUUCUGCAGACACCACACCCUUCUUCUCAGAUGAUUAUGAGGGGGAGGGGCUGGCUGACAAUGGGGUGGGUUCACCUAAGCCUGAGGAGGAGGAGGAGCCUGCCAGUGGAGUGUCUGAUAAGAGAGCUAUAUUGACUGUGAUUGUACUCUGCUACAUCAACCUUCUGAACUAUAUGGACAGAUUCACUGUGGCAGGUGUACUUCCAGACAUUGAGCGUUUCUUCAGCAUUAGUGAUGGAAAAUCAGGGCUACUUCAGACAGUCUUCAUCUGCAGCUACAUGUUCUUGGCUCCUGUGUUCGGAUACCUGGGCGACAGGUAUAACAGGAAGCUGAUCAUGAGUGUGGGUAUUUUCUUCUGGUGCCUAGUGACACUUGCCAGCUCCUUCAUUGGCAAAGAUUAUUUCUGGGCGUUGCUGUUGACGCGAGGGCUAGUGGGAGUUGGAGAGGCCAGUUACUCCACCAUUGCUCCUACCAUCAUCGCUGAUCUGUUUGUCAAAGAGAAGAGGACCAACAUGCUGUCUGUGUUCUACUUUGCAAUCCCAGUGGGCAGUGGUCUGGGUUAUAUCGUGGGCUCAGAGGUGGAUCAUGUGGCUAAGGAUUGGCACUGGGCUCUUCGGGUGACCCCUGGUCUGGGGCUGUUGGCCGUGAUCCUCUUGUUGUUUGUGGUUCAGGAACCGAAGCGCGGUGCGAUUGAAGCUCGUCCAGAGCACACGCUGCAGAGAACCAGCUGGAUAACGGACAUGAAAGCACUCUGCAGGAAUCCAAGUUUUGUUCUGUCCACGUUUGGCUUCACGGCUGUGGCCUUUGUGACAGGAUCACUGGCCCUGUGGGCCCCUGCCUUUUUAUUCAGAGCGGGCGUCUUCACUGGAGUGAAACAUCCGUGUUUAAAAGAUCCCUGUGACAACUCUGACAGUCUGAUGUUUGGCGCAAUCACAGUUGUGACGGGCAUCCUGGGCGUAGCGAGUGGAGUGCAGGCCAGCAAGAAGCUGAGGACGAGAACCCCUCGAGCUGAUCCACUAGUCUGUGCUGCUGGACUCCUCCUUGCUGCUCCAUUUCUUUACCUGUCUAUCAUGUUUGCCCAGGCUAGCACUGCAGCUACAUAUGUCUUUAUCUUCCUGGGUGAGACAUUCUUGUCUAUGAAUUGGGCCAUUGUUGCAGAUAUCCUACUGUAUGUCGUGAUCCCCACACGUCGCUCCACCGCAGAAGCAUUUCAGAUUGUGCUCUCACACUUGCUGGGCGACGCUAUUAGCCCUUACCUCAUAGGAGUGGUGUCAGACUCGAUAAAGCAGUCGGACUCAUACAUGUGGGAGUUUCGUUCACUUCAGAUGUCACUCCUGCUGUGCUCUUUCGUGGCUGUGGGGGGCGGAGCUUUCUUCCUUGCUACGGCCCUCUUCAUUGAAAAAGACCGCCAACUGGCUGAGAACUACGUCCCCUCUGAUGACGCACCAAUUGUUGUUCCAAAGAGAGGCAGAUCCACUAAAGUAACAGUGUCAAGUGUUUUAAUUUGAGAUGACGCAAGGAUUUGGAUGCUUUUCAACACUGGGAACAACAUUCUGAUUGGCUUUGGCAAAGAGAGCCAGUGCCAUCUGCAGCCAAUCAUGGAGCAGUAUGAGAAAAGUAAUCUCUGAUUGGACUAUCUCCACAAUAUGGAGUUUUAUAGUAAUUUAUUAUGCCUAUAUUUUUGUUUAUAUCCUUAACACCAAUAUUGAUUUGGAAACAUUAUGAACUAACAAAAAAAUCAGGAACAUCUUACUUGGAAGUCCUGUGUGCUAUCGACAGUUCUGCCCUCUGUCCAGAGGAGUCCUAUGGGAGGAGAGAGGCACACGGGUAACACAUGGGACAUGGAAAGAAGUUAUAUGUUGGGAUGUUUCUUUACCUUUGAUCAAAGCUAAUUGAGCUGUGUUUUACAAUUCAAGUCAUGUAAAUUACAUUUUAGACCUUUUUAUUGGAGGGCAUCUGAAUUGAUUUUUCAAAUAGUUGUCUAGGUCAUUUAGCUAAAACCAAGGUAUUCUCAAACAGCUGUUGCAUUUGUUUUUAUCAAAACUGGACUGUGACUAAAAACUAGCAGAAUCAGACUGAGCCUGUCUGUGAUCUGCCUUUACAAACUUCAGUCUUUCCUGUCGUUUUAAUAUGUUUCUUCCAUUCAACAGCUUUCACGGUCUUUUACGAGGGACACAAAAAACAAACACUAACACUACAGUGGCAUGAUUCAGAUAUUAAUUAAUUUGAUGAUAUUUUUUUUAAAAUAAUAUUGUUACAUAUUUGUUGCAAUGGCCUGGUUCAUGGCAUGUUUUAAUGUGCCAUUUUAACUGUCUUAAACUGUAAUUAUUUUUUGUUUUUAAAUGAAGGCAGUUUUUAGUGCAUUCCCUCUGCUGUGGUUGUUUUCCAGGCAAAACGUUUGACAUAAUUUGCAAACUUGCUUGCUAAUCUUGUUUUGUAACUUUUUUUAAUAUUAAAUUAGAAAUGUAAUCUUA